AUACACCUAGUGCGUACGUGCGACCACCCAGCCAAGAUGCGAACAGCCGCCAUCUGCGUUGUUCUUCUGCUGUGCACUGCUCGGUCCCAGUGCUCUGACCAACAAUCACAAAAUGAAGGAGAGAGCCAGCCUGCGAAUGAAGAGAAGAGAAAAUUUGACAGGAUCUCAAGUUUGAGCGGAGGUUUUGGAGGUUUUGGGAAACGAGACGGGGAAGGCGGAUCUACAGAAGAGACCGGAGAUGUUGAGGGCAAAAACUCCGAGCAGACGACAGAGGAAGCCUCAGAGGCCGGUGACGUCACGGAUGAGGCUAAUUCCUCCAUGGCGAAGAGAGGUUUUGAUUCGAUCUCUAGUGUCAGCGGAUUUGGAGGUUUUGGCAAGAAAUCGGGAGAAAAGCGACGAUUCGACUCCAUAAACAGUUCGGCGUUCUCCGGAUUUGGGAAACGACCAUUUGACGGAAUCGAUUCUGUGUCUGCGUUCAGUCAGUUUGGGAAGAGACCGUUUGAUGGCAUCGACUCCGUCAGCGGGUUUAGUCAAUUUGGAAAACGACGACUCGACUCUAUCGCUGGAUCAAGUGGCUUCAGUAACUUCGGCAAACGGCGAUUUGAUUCCAUAGCGAAUAAUAAUGCAUUUUCUGAUUUUGGAAAACGACGACUCGACUCUAUCGCUGGAUCAAGUGGCUUCAGUAACUUCGGCAAACGGCGAUUCGAUUCCAUAGCCAACAAUAACGCAUUUUCCGGAUUUGGCAAAAGGCGAUUUGAUCCCAUAGCAAACAACAAUGCAUUUUCCGGAUUUGGCAAAAGGCGAUUUGAUCCCAUAGCAAACAACAAUGCAUUUUCCGGAUUUGGCAAAAGGCGAUUUGAUCCCAUAGCGAACAACAAUGCAUUUUCUGGAUUUGGAAAAAGAAGGUUCGACUCUAUAUCUAGCAAUGGACAAUUUGCUCUGUUUGGAAAACGAGAUGCGUCCGACGGUCCCGCUCUCGAGGCUCCAUCCGAGUCUGAGUUUGGCCCGGAGCCGCGAGAGCUUAACGGGGACGAGAAGAGAGCCUUUGAUAGAAUAUCGGGCACAUCUGGGUUUACAUCGUUCGGAAAACGAUCUUUUGAUCCCAUAUCCGACUCCAGCUUUGUUGGGUUUGGAAAACGACCCUUUGACAGAAUUUCUUCCUCGGGCUUCAGGGGCUUUGGGAAACGACCUUUUGAUAGAAUUUCUUCCUCGGGGUUUAGAGGUUUUGGGAAGCGACCUUUCGAUAAAAUUUCCUCCUCGGGUUUUAGGGGAUUCGGGAAACGACCGUUUGAUAGAAUUUCCGACUCCGGGUUUGUAGGUUUUGGCAAGCGAGGUUUCGACAGCAUUGGAGAUUCCGCUUUCACAAGUUUUGGUAAAAGACCAUUUGAUAGAAUUUCGAAUUCUGCUUUUUCUGCCUUUGGAAAACGUCCGUUCGACCCAAUCGCCAGUUCCCAGUUUAUCGGCUUCGGAAAACGGGAGGACGAACUGAUGGAACAAAACAGCGAGAAUGAGAACGUUCUCGCCGACAGUAUGGACGGGGCUGAUGGUGACAGCUCCAAACGGUCAUUUGACAGAAUAACAGACUCUUCCUUCAGGGGUUUUGGCAAAAGACAAGUGGGCGACACUGGAAGUGACGUAGAGAAAAGGAGGCUUGACAGUAUUGCCGCGGGUUCUAGGUUCGCAUCCUUUGGGAAGAAAGAUGGCCAAGAGAGUGACAAGAGAAGGUUUGAUCCAAUUUCAGGAGUGACUUCAUUUGGUACUUUUGGUAAACGAGAGAAGAACGAUGACGAAGUAAGUAGUGAAAAGAGGCGAAUGGACAGUAUUGCUGGUGGCAGCUCUUUCAGCUCAUUUGGCAAGAGAGUUCCAAAUUCUGAAGUGACAGAAAAUGCAAACGACAACACCUCAUCAACGUCAGAGAAAGUCCAGAGCAGAAGAAAAAAGCGGGACACAAGCAAGGCAAACAAAGAAGGGGACGUCACUCUUAGCUUAGUAGACAACCCGGAAGAGAAACAAACAGAAACCAACAAAGUAAGCAAACGGCGGUUUGACAGUAUCGACACCAGGAGCGCUUUCCGUCGUUUUGGUCGAGCAUUUGAUAAAAUCUCUUCUUUAAGUAGCUUCAGAAAUUUUGGCAAAAGAGACGAUGAAACAGAUGACGACAGCAAUAACGAGCUUCUGUCUGAUGUUCGGUUAGCGGCGAAGAGAAGGCUGGACAAAAUCAGCUCAGGAAGUUCUUUCAGAGAGUUUGGAAAACGUGAAGGCCUAAAGGAUACCGAUGAUGCACUGGAUGGCAACGAUGUCGGAAAACGUAGAUUCGACUCUAUAGCCCCAUCUAGUGGGUUCGGCGGCUUCGGUAAGAGAAGGUUUGACAGUAUAGGGGAUGGCCUGUCGGGUUUCCGUACGUUCGGGAAGCGACGCCUAGACAAAAUAGCUGGGAUGUCCAGGUUUGGCGGCUUUGGAAAACGUAGGUUCGACAAAAUAGCUAGCAACAGCGCCUUUGCUGGAUUCGGGAAACGCCGAUUUGACAGCAUAGCUAGUAGUAGUCCUUUCUCUGGGUUUGGGAAACGGCACUUUGACAGCAUAGCAGGGAAGUCUGCCUUUGGUGGGUUUGGGAAGAGAAAGUUUGACAGCAUCGCCGGCACCAGCGCUUUCUCCGACUUUGGCAAGAGAAGAUUUGACGCCAUCGAUCGUGCAAGCGCAUUCCGAGUUUUUGGGAAACGAAACAGCGCCCUGGGCGAGGGAGAUAACCAGUCCGCCGAUAACCUGCUCGCCUGGGCGAUGCUCGACGCCCUGCUCUCCAAACCGGAAACGUCUGUGGCGUCAGAGGUGUCCAAACGACGCUUCGAUCCCAUCGAACACUUUAGCAUGUUCCGCCGCUUUGGGCGCGGGCUCCCCCUCCAGACCCCAGCUGUGGCCGACACUUUCUCAGACUUUCCCCAGGAAUCUACAGACGAUAUUCUCGACGACCUGAGCGAGGAGGAAUCGGAGGAACUAGUGGAACUCUUGAUAUCGCUCGCCCGCAAAAUGGCAGAAUCAGACGUGGAUAGCAGUGAUGUGUAUUCAUAAUGUCUUCUUUAGAAAUUUUAGUAGUUGGCCAUUAAAGUAUGUCUGUUUGAAAACUUAUUCGACUUAGGUAAGAACUGAUUUUACGUCAAUCCAAGAAUAAAAACCAACAGCAAAAAGUCAAACUCUAUUCCGAUCGUACCUGUAUCCAGAGAGAAUGACUUUGAGAUCAGACAAUAGCGCAGCUGUGGGCGCCGUAAAGAUUUUACCAAAAGACAACGAGGCGAACUAGUGCAACCGUGAAAGUUUAGCUCUAGCUGAGCAUACAUCUAAAACAAUGGUACUUGUCAUCAACAAUUGUCGCUCACUCCCCAUUCUCCUUUCAAAACCCUGCAUGUUUCAGCAGAGUUCUUGAGCGACCUCGUGACAACCGUUUAUGAAUCACAAAAAACCCCGAUAUGUUUCUUGAUUUGGUCAUUUCUCUAAAAUGAAUAACGCUAACAGUUCACAACUCGCGGGCAAAGAUGAACUAUUCCCUCAGAUGAACGCAAAGUCCCCUGUCGCUGAGAAAUAUUAUUGUUCCACAUAAACAGAUGGUUCAGUUGUAGAGCUGCUGUCUUCACUCUACACAUGCAUUCCCUUUUAUUUUUCAUUCAUUUUUGAGCUAUGAGAUUAACGAAUCAACGUGUUCGGGUACUCACGCGUUGAAGAUGUGAGUUUAGUUUUCUUUUCACAUUAACAAUGAAGAGCUUCUGGGAUUCACAGGCAAUCCUGUCACUUUUAAUAAAGGUCUAGUGUUUUGU